AUGGCAGACGUAAGAGGUAAAAGAGAUACUGUAGCGGGUCUUCGGAUUUUGUUUGCUGAAGCUGAAUUGAUAAAAAUGCAAGAGCUAUACUUGGAAUGUGCAGCUGCAACUAACGAAACCACUUUACCGCCAGAUGGCACCCCUUCAACCCCGACAGCCAUUUUCAAUCCCAGUCAACCUACAUCGACAACAAUUGCCACGACUAAUAACCCUCAAAUUAACGGGCUUGGACCUGGUACUGCAGAGGGCUCAUCAUCUGAAACAAUGGCACCUUCUCUUAAACAGCCAGUCAAACCAUUCAGUGAUGUAUCCCCUGAUACUCCUCAAGCCGACAACGAAAGAACUAUCAGCGAAUCAAACGUGGUAAAAAUGGUAUUUACAGCAACACUCCAGCCAACAACCAAUAUAUCAGCUGCAAUUGCCCAAAGAACAGUCACAGUAUCAGCUGCAACAUCUCAGCCAACAACCACGGUAUCUACUGCAAAAUCUCAACCACCAACUACGGUAUCUUCUGCAACAUCUCAGUCAACAACCACGGUAUCUGCCGCAACAUCUCUGCCACCAACCACGGUAUCUGCUGCAACAUCUCAGCCAACAACUACAGUAUCUGCUGCAACAUCCCAGCCUACAGCAGCGGUAAAUGAUGCAAUAUUCCAACCAACAUCCACGGUAUUUGCUGUAACCUCCGGAUUGAUUUCUAAGACAAAAACUCAACAAACAGCUAAUAUUUCUGAAACAACUAGUGUUCCACCACUAGCAGUUACUAACACAGCUUCUCAGCCAACAGCAAAGGUUUUUAACAGAGCAUAUCCGUCAACAACCACUGUAUCUGCUGCAACAACCCAAACAACAGCCGCGGUAUCUGCUUUGACAUCCGAGUCGAUUUUUAAAUCAACUUCUCAGCAAACAGCAGUGUUGUCUCAAACAAUUGCUCAGCCAAGGACAACGGUUUCUAUCACAACUACUCAGCCAAUAGCAAUGGUUUUUAACACAGCUACUCAGCCAACAACAACGGCUAUUGAUGCAACCACUCAGCCAACGACAACGGUUUCUGAUGCAACCACUCAGCCAACAGCAACGGUUUCCAACACAACUUCCAUUCCGCCAGAGACAGUUCCUAACACAGCUUCUCAGCCAACAGCAACAGGCUCUAACACAUCUAAUCAGCUAUUAGAUACGGUUUCUAAGAGAACUUCUCAGUCAAAAGCAACGGUCUCUAAGACAACUACUCGGCUAACAACAACGGUUUCUAACUCAGAUACCGAGCCAACAGCAACGGUUUAUAAUACAGUAUCUCAGCCAACAGCCGCAGUACCUGCUGCAACAACCCAAUCAACAACUACACCAUCUGCUGCAACAUCCCAACCAACAGCCACUGUAUCAGAGGCAACGGCCCAAUUAACAGCCACGUUAUCUGCUGCCACGUCCGAGUCGAUUUCUAAUGCAACCUCUCAGCCAACAGCAGUGGUUUUUAAAAUAGUCACUCAGCCAACAGCAGCAACUUCUUACACAACUACUCAGACAACAGGAACGGUUCCUAACACAACUACUAGGCCAACAGCAACUGUUUUUAAUACAGCUACUCGGCCCUCAGCAACGGAUAAUAACACUCAGGAAGCACCUGCUUUUGCUAUUACAAUAAGUCGAGAACAAUACAAGGCUUCUGCUGCAUCAAACCAGCCGCAAACCGGAACAUUCCAGCCAUCAGUUUAUAUUUAUUCUACGACAAACCUGGGAACAAACCCACUGUCUUCAUCAACGACGACGGCAACCACUUCCACUACAGCUUACGCUAUUUAUGAAGCGGCCUCUGAAUUAAGUACGAUUGAUACAACGACAUCUUUUGAAAUAAAUGACUUUUCAACUACAACAUCGCCUUUUAUUUCAAAUACCUAUUCUGUCAGCAUGAUGAGUGAGACGGCUGGAGUCACCCCCAAUAUGUCUAGAACCACUGGCGCCGUGCCAACCGAAGCUACGAGAACAAAUUUGACCACCGCCGCGGAGACGUCUAUCGCACCGAGUGCUGAUGAUCUGCCACAGUCACGUGUAGUCUAUGGGACACCCGAGGUUAAUCCUCCUACCCUGCAACUUAACCCAGUGACAGAUGAAGGUGGGAGUGCAUAA